AUGAGUGCAGACCGAAAUCUCAGCGUUACCUCGCAGGGAGGACACCGCAAGUCGGUUGCGGAGGAGCCUGUGACCUCUGUGCUGCCACCCGGCGAGGUGCCUAUAUUUGACCGAGAGUUGACUGCCGAUGAGGAGGUUCUCGCCGCGCUUGGUUACGUCCCUGAAUUUAAGAGAGAAUUCUCGUUAUGGACGUCAUUUUGCGUUUCUUUCGCCGUCCUCGGCUUGCUUCCGUCCUUCGCUUCGACUCUCUACUAUGGCAUGGGCUAUGCCGGGACCCCUGGUAUGACAUGGGGUUGGCUGAUUGCUAUGGCUUUCAUUCAAUGUGUGGCCAUGGGCAUGGCUGAGUUGUGUUCCUCUAUGCCCACCUCGGGCGGUUUGUACUACGCUGCGGCCGUGCUGGCACCCUCGGGAUAUGGGCCCCUGGCUGCCUGGAUCACUGGUUGGUCGAAUUGGCUGGUCCAAGUCACAGGCGCCCCUUCAGUCGACUAUGCUUUGGCUUCGAUGAUUCUCGCAGCCGGUUCCAUCACCAACCCAGACUACAUCCCCCAGAACUACCAGGUUUUCCUCCUGACCACUCUGAUCAUGAUUCUGCAUGCGUGCAUCUCAUCCAUGCCUACGCGCUGGAUCGCCACCUUCAACUCGUAUGGGAGCACGUUCAACAUCAUUGCCUUGGUCAUUACCAUAAUCACCAUUCCCGCGGCCACCACCCGUGGGUCCCAGGGAUUGCCCCGUUUCACCAAGAGCAGCACUGUCUGGGGCAACUUCUACGAGGGGACGGACUUUCCCAAUGGAGUCGCUCUGCUCAUGUCGUUCAUCGCCGUCAUCUGGACCAUGUCGGGAUAUGACGCCCCUUUCCAUCUUGCAGAGGAGUGCAGCAAUGCAAACAUUGCCAGUCCUCGGGCCAUCGUUCUGACCUCUGGCGUUGGCGGCAUUAUGGGCUGGUUCCUGCAAUUGGUCGUGGCUUAUACCGUGAUCGAUAUUGACGACGUCCUCGAUUCGGAUAUCGGCCAACCUUGGGCCACCUACCUCGUGCAAAUCCUACCGAAGAACACUGCUCUGGCUCUGCUCUCAAUGACCAUCAUCUGCGGCUUCUCCAUGGGCCAGGGUUGUAUGGUCGCCGCAUCACGGGUCACUUUCGCAUACGCCCGUGAUAACUGCUUCCCUUACUCCAAUCUGUGGAAGCAAGUCAACCCAAUCACCAAAACUCCAGUCAAUGCCGUCUGGUUGAACUGCGUUGUGGGAAUUCUUCUGACGCUCCUCCUUUUUGGAGGUGAGGCGUCUAUCGGGGCUAUUUUCAGUGUCGGCGCCAUUGCCGCAUUUGUCGCCUUUACCAUUCCCAUCACGAUCCGGACUUUCUUCGUGGGCAACCGGUUCCGUCGCGGUCCAUGGCACCUGGGCAAAUACUCGUAUCCCAUCGGUGUGGCAUCAACAUGCUUCACCUUGCUGAUGAUCCCUAUUCUCUGCUUGCCCAGCGUGACAGGAUCGGAUCUGGACGCCUCACUCAUGAACUGGACCUGUUUGGUGUGGGGUGGGCCGAUGCUGUUUAUCUUGAUCUGGUGGGUCGUGGACGCCCACAAGUGGUUCACAGGACCAAAGGUGAACAUUCAACAUAUGAUGCUUGGACAAGACCAAAACGUUAUCGACGGGAAGGAAGGGUCCGACUCGGGCAGUGGAAUCUCGCCAGCCCCGGUCUCAGACAUGGACAAGGCAAUCCUGAACAAAGUGUGA